GCGCAACUCCGCCUGUACUCGUGCACCUUUCCUCGCCUUGCUUUGCUUGCCUUGCCUUGCCUUGCUUUUCAUUGCUUUGCUUUGCUUUGCUUUGCUCUGCUCUGCUCUGCUCUGCUCUGCUUUUCUUUGCUUGCCUAAUUGGUGGCCAGUCCGGCCACCGGGCACUUUAAGCGGCAAGUCUGUCAAGCGCACCAGAAGAGCAGCCUUAGCGCGCCGGCCGGAGCGACGCGCUGCUCGGUGGAUGUAGUCUUUGCUCUUUUGUUUGUUUGGUGUUGACGGAUGUUGGCGAACACCGAGUGCACCUGUGACUGGCAUGGAGAGUCAGGGCAGCCGCUGUAAGAUUGUGGUGGUGGGCGACGCGCAGUGUGGCAAGACAGCGUUGCUGCACGUUUUCGCCAAAGACUGCUACCCGGAGACAUAUGUGCCCACCGUGUUUGAGAACUACACAGCCAGCUUCGAGAUCGACAAGCACCGCAUUGAGCUGAACAUGUGGGACACGUCAGGCUCGUCCUAUUACGACAACGUGAGGCCGCUGGCGUACCCCGACUCCAACGCCGUCCUCGUAUGCUUCGACAUCAGCCGUCCCGAGACUCUGGACAGCGUCAUUAAAAAGUGGCAGGUGGAGACACAGGAGUUUUGUCCCAACGCCAAAGUGGUCCUGGUGGGCUGCAAGCUGGACAUGAGGACGGACGUCAACACGCUGAGGGAACUCUCCAAGCAGCGCCUCAUCCCGGUCACGCACGAGCAGGGCAGCGCCAUCGCCCGGCAGAUGGGUGCCGCGGCCUACGCCGAGUGCACGUCCAAAGUGUCGGAGAACAGCGUGCGAGACGUGUUCCACGUCACUACGCUGGCGUCGGUGCGCCGGCCGCGCAAGCCGCCGCAGCUCAAGCACAGCGCCUCCCGCCGGGGGCUCAAGCGCGCGUCGCAGCUGCCCCUCCUGCCGCCGCCGCUGCCCGGCCGGACUGAGCCUGCGGACCAAGCGCCCGCCCUGAGGAAGGACCGGGCCAAGAGCUGCGUGCUCAUGCCUUAAGGAACAAACGACACACGGGGACGCUGCCAUCCGUGGCCCAAGUUUGGCGAGCGAAGCGGACGAGCAUGUCCGGGACCAUGAUGAUGAUUAUGACUAGAAAAAACAAACGUGCAAGGAUUGGAGCCAUGAGGCAAGUGGGUGGUUUGCGUCUGAGCCGUGCACACGCACGUCGCUACCGCAAGUGCUUUGAAUUGAGAAAAUCUACACAUUUGCUUAUGUUUGCAACACUAACGUUGUCUUUCGGGUUAUUUUGUGCGACUCUUCUUCACUCGCGUUGCAAAAUAAAGCGCCAGCUUGACCGCAGAUGGCCAAUUUAAUUGCUGGCUGCUCUCGACUUUAUUAGUGCGCCACAUAUGCGGACGAUGUCAUUAACGCUAAAAGCACAGACCAAUGAAUCACUGCAAAUGAAAUGUGCAUUCCUAUACUGCUCUUCUAAUCUGCAAAUAAUUGAGCGUGGCAGUAGGUCUUGAACUUUUUUUAUACCAGGUGUCACUUCAAAAAUACUUAUCCCUCUAAGUACCACCGUCAUGACCAAGUAGUUUUUUUUAAAUAACAUCCAAG